AUGAGAGUGACGCCGUUACAGAUGCAGAGAACGAGGGUGUUUGCCACCAUCUGGAAGCCCCAGCUUCCGUUGCAUAACAACCCACUAACGUCGAGGUUUAUUCCCGAGCUCGAACGGACCAGAAUUGUGCCAUCAAUGCCAACCUUUUAUGCGAGAAACCCGUACCAUGAGCAGAACAUGGCCCGUUUGCAGGAGGUGCUCAACAAGCAUGCGACGCUCCCCUUUGACCGCAAGAGCGCCAGCACCACAUGGCUCAAGUUCAAGCAGUACAAGGAGAAGGCCGGAGGUGAGCUGCUCAAGGAGAGCGAGUAUCUACAGUUGGUUACCAUCUUGAAGAGGCUCGAUGCCAUUGACGUGGAGCUCAGAAGCGACGAGAUGAAUUCGUUGUUGAUGGAGUACUCGAAGAAGACGACCUCCAUCAACGAGUCAAGACAAGAGGCGAAAUUGGACGACAAGGGAAGGGCCGUUGCUGUUGGUCGCAGAAAGUCGUCUUCUGCCAAGGUGUACCUUGUUCGGGGGACGGGUGAAGUGAUGGUCAAUGGCAAGGCCCUCAACGAGGUGUUCCCAAAACUGCAGGACCGACUCAAGGUUGUCUUGCCCUUACAGCUGGUGGAACAAGAGGGCAACUUCAACAUCCAUGCCCUGGUGAGGGGCGGUGGAUCAACGGGUCAAGUCGAUGCUCUUAAACUGGCACUCUCCAAGGCCCUUCUAAUCCACAACCCUCUUUGGAAACAGAGACUCUCUGGUGCUGGCGUGUUGAGUAGAGACCCACGUUCAGUGGAGAGAAAGAAACCUGGUAAAAAGAAGGCCAGGAAGAUGCCAACAUGGGUGAAGCGUUGA